AUGCGUAAAAUGAAAUGGAUGCUGGCGGUGCUCCUUUGUGGCUGCCAGGCGCAAGAUAACAUCCCAUCCGCGGACACUUUCUUACGUCGUCUGAACACCAAAGCCACGGUCAUCAAUGACUACCUCUAUCUGGAUGGAGGGGAACUAUCGCAGAAGGGGUUCACAGCUUAUAGAAACUCCAAUGGAUUUAAUAUCACCGCUUCCAUCGAUCUUUCCAAGUCUUGGUAUCCGGAAAAUGUAACCUUCAACGAGACCCCCAAGCCCGACGGGAUCCCAACUCUCUGGCGGCAUGCCAUCUUCACCGAUAACGCAUCCAACUCUUUCUAUAUUUACGGCGGCAGAGAAUCCUUUCCCAAUGGCCCACCGCGCGACAAGUACUGGAAGUUUAUUGCAGAUAAUAAGGGGUCUGGUUCCUGGAGCACCGAAACCACCAGUGGCGCGUUCACGGGCCUGAUCCGUUCAGAAGCAGGAGCUUUUGCUAGCACCAGCAACGCCGGAUUCUGGGUUGGGGGAUACGCUUCGGGAUGGACAGACAGCCAGGCGACUGGCGAUUUAGCCAGCGAUAUUCCCGGUGUUGUGUCAUUUAAUUUCAGCACCAAGGUUUGGAAAAACCACACCGAGGCCCCGUACUCACCAAGCGGAAGGAUGUAUGGCGGCACUGCUACGUAUAUUUCCAACUUAGGCCCAAAUGGUAUUAUUAUGACGCUUGGCGGUGUCGUCAGUUCGAAGCCAAAGGCCGCCGGACAUUUGGACCUCGGGAAUGUGCAUUUCUUCGACCCAGAAACAAUGAAGUGGUACAAGCAAGCUACAACAGGCGACAUCCCUUCCGGUCGCAUGGAUCACUGCGCAGUUGGCGUGAAGGGCAAUGGGACGUUUGAGAUCUUUGUGUUUGGCGGUUGUAAUGUAGACCAAGAUGAGACCUACAAGGAUAUGCACAUCUUGAGCCUCCCUGGUUUUGUGUGGACGAAAGCGAGUGAAGAGGCUCGGUCUGGUCGAAUGCAGGGCACAUGUGUUCUUGCUGGAAAGCGGCAACUGGUGUCCAUUGGCGGAACUGAGGCUAUUAGCGAUCCCGACGCGUGGGGAGCGGCCGAUCCCGAGCCCCAGGGGUUAUCUGUAUUCGACUUGAGCGAGUUGUCAUGGAAGGAAAAGUACGAUGUCAAUGCUGCUGAAUAUACUACUCCCUCCCGACACUAUCAAAAUGUGAAAUUGCUUACCAUGGUUAGGGGCUUGGACAAGGUCGUUUGGGGCGACGGUGUAAAGGAUCUUCUAUCCGGGAAGUCAGAACUGGGUGGCACAGAGUCCAACCCCCAGCCUACCCCGGAUACAACUGCCGAGCCAGCAGACAAUUCUUCUAACUCCAAGUCACCGUCUACUGGAGUCAUCGUCGGAGCCGUAGUUGGCUCGGUUGUCGGUGCUAUCGUCUUGGGCUUGCUGAGCGUCUUUUUCUUCGCGCGAAGACGCUGCAGGUAUGAGCCAGCAGUAUCUGAACUGCCGCAAUAUCAGGAACCCCCAAAUGAAUUAGAAGCUCCAAGAAGUAUAACCGAGCCUCCCAAGUAUGUGGAAAGCUCGACACAUGAUUCAGAGCCAUUCAAGGACACGGAACACUUUGCAUACAAAGCAGAGCUAUCAACCGAUGGCGAGCUCAGCGCUGAGUUAGGACCAGGAAGACAAUGA